AUGUGGAGAUGUGCAGCUGAUUGGCUCUCUGCAACCGGCUGGCGGUUUGCGACGACAGCUGCUCAUGGUGCCGCUCGCCAGCAGCAACACCACGUUGGGCCUCAAAAAAAGCUCGGCCUGAAGGACGUGCAACACAUCGUCGCCAUAACCUCUGCCAAGGGCGGUGUGGGAAAGUCAACAACCGCAGUCAACGUGGCUGUCGCCAUGGCCACCCGUCUGGGCCUGCGUGUGGGGCUGCUGGACGCCGACAUCCACGGGCCCUCCAUUCCCACCCUCAUGAACCUGAAGGGAAAGCCCGCGCUGGACAAGGCAGGUUCCCAGGCCCUGAUGCUGCCCAAGGAGAACUACCGAGUCAAAACGAUGUCCUUUGGGUUCUUUUUGGAGGGUGACGAGCCGGUUGUUUGGCGGGGCCCGAUGGUUAACAACGCUUUCGACAAGAUGUUGUUUGGCACUGCGUGGGGUCCACUGGACGUCCUGGUGGUGGACAUGCCGCCAGGUACCGGUGACGCCCAGAUCAACCUGGGCCAGCGAAUUCCCAUGUCAGGUGCGGCUCUGGUGUCCACACCCCAAGACGUGGCGCUGGUGGAUGUGCGCAGGGGUGCACAGAUGUUCCUGAAGCUGCGUGUUCCGUUGUUGGGCAUGAUUGAGAACAUGAGCCACCACACGUGUUCCAAGUGCGGCCACGUGGAGCGCAUCUUUGGAGCCGGGGGAGUGGAGCGAGCUGCACGGGACUAUGGAGUGGAGGUGCUGGGGCAGGUCCCCCUCCACGUGGAGAUUCAAACCAAAUCAGAUGCGGGUACCCCAGUGGUGGCGAGUGACCCACGGGGCGAUCUGGCGUCGUCGUACAUACACAUUGCGGAGCGGCUGCACGCGGGCCUGCAGCAGCUGGCAGCGAGGCAACCCGGGUCGCCCAAGAUCACUGUGGAGCCCUAG